AAGCACACCGUACCUAAAGGCACAUUCCUUGUUCAUGACAACUACAAUAUGCUUCGGUCGGACACUCAUUGGGAUAAUGGGGGAGAAUUUAACCCUGCCCGUUUUCUAGACAAUCAUGGUGCCAUAUUAUUUGGUGGCAGCACAUGCUUAUUUGACGACAAAUACAGCACCGAUGAAAUUGACUACAUUAUAGCCAGUUAUGAGCGCACGGGUGACGCGAGCCGACCCUGGCCUGUGUCGAUGGUGGGCCUGGAAAAGGAGAUAUGCAGCCAAUACAAGUCCCAAUUGCUAUACAUAAUGGAUUACGUGGUGGACACGUACCGUGAAGUGCCGGAGCUGCCCACCAUAUACCGGCUGUACGUGGUGGAAAUGUUACGGUAUUUUAAUCAGGUAUGCACCAACACCAACAGCAAACUGAACUCGCUGCGUUUUAUGCGUGCGAUAAACAAACGAGCUAGUGAAAUCGCACCCUAUCGCGAAAAAUUGAUUAAUGCGUUUACCAUAAUGGCCCAGCAAGCGGAUAAUGGCACCUCGGACAUUGUUACACUUCACUGUUACUACGUAAACUACAUUGAUGCCACCGGGCGCGUACUUCCCGAUGACCUGUUCUCCCACGUUCUGGCCAUGUUUGAGGGUGUGGUACACAGUGUGUCUAAUUACUUGCGCAAGCUCAACCCUCUGAUCGACGUGGCCAAGUGCGACACUGUCAAGACCCCGGUACUAAGUUCAGAUAUGGACCUGGGUGAUAAACGAGCUUCUAUUCACAUGGCCAUCAUGGACGCCAUGUCCGUACUGUUUCACAAGAAAAAACUCCAGGGUUAAGCUAAAAGCUAAGCAUCAAAUACAACCUUGGUGCCUUUUACAAAUCAAUAUAAAUUACAAUUACCUGAUUAUUAAUUACAUUCCAUUCAACUAACCCUGCCCCUA